AUGCUUACAUCUCCGUGCAUGCCUAGUAGUUCUUAUGAUUAUAAAGCAGAUGUUUCUUCUGGUAAAAGACCUUUCUUACUAGCAUGGCUUAAGCAAUAUGAUUGGCUUUGUUAUUCAACAGUUUUAAAAGGUGCUUUAUGUAAAUUUUGUGUGCUUUUUGAACACCCCCUUGAUAAAGGUGGUGUGCAUGGUGCGUUUAUAAAAACGGCAUUUAGUAAAUACAAAAAUUUCCAUGAACAGUCUAAAUGUCAUGUCAAAAGUGCUUGGCAUAAUCAUUCAGUUCAGAGAGCCAAUGAUUUCAUUUCUAUUAUGAAUGGUAAGAAAACUGAUGUAUAUCAAAUGGUAAACUCUUCAGUAAGGAAAACAAUUGAAUCGAAUAAAGAUAAAUUAAAAUCAAUUGUUUCAUCAGUUAUAUUUCUUGGAAAACAUGGGUUACCUUUUAGAGGGACAAAUGAUUUAUAUUAUAGCUCACUUAAAAAAUUGAAAACUUGGUUUCGCAGUAGUAUGACACAACUCCCCUUGAAUGGCUUAGCACUUAUGUAA